AUGAGUUUGGCAUCCAUUGACAAUAUCAUACGUGGGGCCCGCCUUCAAACACCGUCAAAUGACUCGAGUUAUCAAAAUUUUGUGGAUCGCUUGGUUUUACCGGGGAUGGUUUUAGAAUUAUCUGAACCUUCUGAUGGACCUGUGUCAUGGUCUAUUGGCCCAGGUCUUGUUUGCGUGCCAGUGUCUAGAAUGAAAAAUGGAGUGGGGAAAAAAUUGGUGGAUUCGAUUUUAGUAAGACAGUUCGGAAUUUUAAAAUUCAAAUGUAAGAUGUUAGAAAAGACAGACUCAACGAAUACAGUCAAACGCUUUAAACUCGGGAAUCCAUCAAAAGAUACGAAAUCAGAGAAUUUCAUUUGGUUAGAAUGCCUGGCAUCUACUGGUUCAGUAACUACAUUACUUCCACUUACUCGUCUCUCACACCGUUGUCAUGUGGGACAAUUCCAGUCAGAGGAUAAGGUUAUUGGCGUUGUAAUGAAAAAGGCUGGUGAAUCGUUUGUGGUAGAUAUAGGAUGUGCUUCCCCAGCUAUUCUCAAUUAUUUAUCAUUUGAAGGUUCUUCUAAAAAAAAUCGUCCCGAUAUUCAUGCAGGUGAUGUUCUUUAUGCUAUGAUUACGCGGGCCGACAGAGAUUUAGAAAUUGAAUUGUCAUGUGUCGAUGAAGCUGGGAAAGCUUGUGGAAUGGGUAUCCUUGGUCGUCAUGAACCUGGUACUGUUGGGAAUGCUGGAGGUCGUUCUGGUGGCAUAUUGUUACAUUGUACGCAAGAUUUGAUCAGGCGGCUAGGCAAUCAAGAUGAAUUCCCUUUACUAAAACUUUUAUCUAAGGUGUAUCCUUUUGAAAUAUUCUUGGGUGCAAAUGGACGUAUAUGGUUAACAGCUAAUUCGGCUAGAGAAACAAUGAUAUUAGCCAAUACAAUAGCCAUUAGUGAACACAUAUCAGCUAGUGAAUGCUGUCAGUUAGCUAAAGAACUUUGUUAG